AUUACACUUACACUCGGUGCCCUGCCGCCAAUAAAUAGACAAGGAAGUACCAAGCGGGAAGCUGCAGUCCAUCCGUUUUAGCUAGCGGUGCCAACGAAGACUUGAAAAUGCCCCGGGAAAUCAUAACGUUACAACUUGGACAGUGCGGCAACCAAAUCGGCUUUGAGUUCUGGAAGCAGUUGUGUGCAGAGCAUGGCAUCAGUCCAGAAGGGAUUGUUGAGGAGUUUGCCACGGAAGGGACGGACAGAAAGGAUGUGUUCUUCUAUCAGGCCGACGACGAGCACUACAUCCCCCGUGCAGUCCUCCUGGACCUGGAGCCCAGGGUGAUCCACUCCAUCCUUAACUCGCCGUACGCCAACCUGUACAACCCGGAGAACAUUUACCUGUCAGAGGACGGCGGGGGCGCAGGAAACAACUGGGCUAGCGGAUAUUCCCAGGGGAAAAAAAUCCAAGAGGACAUUUUUGACAUCAUCGACCGGGAGGCAGAUGGAAGCGACAGUCUCGAGGGAUUUGUGCUGUGUCAUUCCAUCGCUGGGGGGACAGGCUCCGGUCUGGGCUCGUACCUGCUGGAGAAACUGAACGACAGGUACCCCAAGAAGCUGGUGCAGACGUACUCGGUCUUCCCCAACCAGGACGAGAUGAGCGACGUGGUGGUGCAGCCGUACAACUCACUGCUGACGCUCAAGAGGCUCACGCAGAAUGCCGACUGUGUGGUGGUGUUGGACAACACGGCUCUGAAUCGCAUCGCCACAGACCGCCUCCACAUCCAGAAUCCAUCCUUCUCACAGAUCAACCAGCUGGUGUCCACCAUCAUGUCCGCCAGCACCACCACGCUGCGCUACCCGGGCUACAUGAACAACGACCUCAUCGGCCUCAUCGCCUCCCUCAUCCCCACGCCGCGCCUCCACUUCCUGAUGACGGGCUACACGCCGCUCACCACCGACCAGUCGGUGGCCAGCGUGAGGAAGACCACGGUGCUGGACGUGAUGAGGAGGCUCCUGCAGCCCAAGAACGUGAUGGUGUCCACGGGCAGGGAGCGCCAGCCCAGCCACUGUUACAUCGCCAUCCUCAACAUCAUCCAGGGGGAGGUGGACCCCACUCAGGUGCACAAGAGUCUCCAGAGGAUCCGGGAGCGCAAACUGGCCAGCUUCAUCCCCUGGGGUCCUGCCAGCAUCCAGGUGGCGCUCUCCAGGAAGUCCCCCUACCUUCCCUCCGCCCACAGAGUCAGCGGCCUCAUGUUGGCCAACCACACCAGCAUCUCCUCCCUGUUCGAGCGAACGUGUCGUCAGUACGACAAGCUGCGCAAGCGCGAGGCCUUCCUGGAGCAGUUCCGCAAGGAGGACAUUUUUAAGGACAACUUUGACGAGCUGGACAACUCCCGUGAGGUGGUGCAGCAGCUGGUGGACGAGUACAGCGCCGCCACCCGGCCCGACUACAUCUCCUGGGGCACGCAGGAACAGUAACGUAACUUCAAUCACCUUUUUCACAGCAAAAACGUGCAAGUCUCUCUCCGAUAAUAUUACACCUCCAACAACAUAACAUGAAAGAAACGGGAUAUAUUUAGCUGCAAAUACGCUAAGAGUCUUACUUUUUUGACGGUCACAUGCUUGAAAUAUUUAGUUUAAGUGACAAAAUGAUUCUAAAAACACUGGAUUGUUAGAUGUGUACCUAAUCAAGUGUCCAGUGAAUGGCUUGUCGGACCUAAAAAAAAAAGAUAUUUAAACCUUCCUGCCGCGGCCGUUUAACAAUGAAGCCUUUGAAAAAUGAAAAAAACACCCAAAAUCUAAUAAAAUGUUUUAUUAAUUACAGUAUUUGUCUUAUUGCACUUUCAAGUUAGUUUCAAAAUAAAACAAUAGUGCAAUAAAGUAUACACAGAACAGAAAAGGUACCAUGCAGCGUACAAAAAGCUUCAAAACUGACUUUUUUUUUGGGGGGUGGGGGGGUGUUUUUUUUUGCUACAACGUACGAUCAGGAGCUGCCUGCAGCUGCAGUCGGAGGAGAAGCCAAAGGGAAGAGAUGUGGAUCACAUGUGCAGGAUCGCGAAUGAUGCUUUCAUUCUAUUAAAAGGAAAACUAGUGAGGGGGUAGAAAUAUCUUUGGUCCAUGUGGGAACUCAUCCACUGCAACAUUUUAGCUUUGUACAUUAAAAAAAUAUUUUUAGUGAGGGUUUAUUUUUCCCCCAAAAAUAUCAAGCGUCAUAUUCACUUAUCCUUUAGACACUAUAAUUGUACGAUGAUGUCAUUGUGUCUGUAAAAAAACAUUUUUUGGGUUAAUUAGGACAAAAAAAAUAAAGCUUUCAUAACUGACUAA